AUGUUGUUCUUUUAUUAUAUUGUUCUUUUAAGUUUUUCGCGAAUAUACUGGCUAAGGGGCCAGAAACAGGACAUCCCAUCGGCUGUUGUUUGUAUACGUGAUUCAGAUUUACAUUAUAUAAGUUUACAGAUACAUGAUUCAGGUUUACAUUAUAUCAGCUUACAACUAAUGCAGAUGUAUUACUACAAACUAAUUACACUAUUUUACAGGCUAAAUGCUACCACUAGUAAAGUUUCACCCGAAACAGAAAAGACUUUUAGGCCUGUAUCACUAACGUCGAUUUGCAGUAGGGUUUUGGAACAUAUACUGUAUUCGAACAUUAUGAAGUACCUCGAAGAAAACGAUUUAUUGACACAUAGUCAACACGCUUUCAGAAAAUAUCGUUCUUGUGAAACACAACUGGCUCUUUAUACUCAUGAAGUAACGAGUGCUAUCGACAGGGGAUGUCAAAUUGAUUCCAUAUUUUUAGAUUUCCAGAAGGCUUUCGACACCGUUCCUCAUAAGCGUCUUCUAACCAAACUACGUGCCUACAGAGUAUCGCCUCAGUUGUGCGACUGGAUUCAUGAUUUCUUGUCAGUAAGGUCACAGUUCGUACUAAUAGACGGAAAGUCAUCGAGUAAAGCAUAA